AUGACCUUGCUGCCUUCGCACUUGGCGCAGUCCUCCUUGGGCGAGAAGUGCGCUUUUUACCUGGAUUCUGUUGCUGGCAACGUCCCCGUUUCAUUGCACACCCUCCGCCACCGCGUUGUCACUACACUACUGUCGGUCAAAUCGUCAAAUCUCUUACACUCCCUUACAACCCACCCGUUGGACUCGAACCAUCCCCUCAUCGCCGACAAAGCUGCUCUCAUCCUAACCGUCAUCGCCUGUGUGCUUGCUCUCGCCGCCAUGAGCUGGCGCAGUCCCUUCACCAACCUUUGGCGCCGCAACGCCCCGGCCCCACCGCAUGUCAGCGAUAACUCUUACAGCUACAUCACCGACGAUGAUGUCUACAAUCGGCCAUCGAAAGCGUACGGCGACCAAUACAACGAAGGCGGAGACGCGGAGCCAGACAUUCUGCUCCUCAAGCACCGCAAAACCACCUAUCCCCUGCACUUUGCUGCGUAUGCCAUUGACGAUGAAAUCCUCAGUGUGGGCCAUCUGAGACAGCGUGCUGCGGAAGCGACGCAGACGUCCAAUCCCAACCGCAUCAAGCUGCUUUAUAAAGGGAACCUGCUGAACGACGAUGCGCGGUCGUGCAAAUCGGAGGGACUCAAGCAGCACUCGGAGGUGCUGUGUGUGGUGUCGGAAGUGCAGCCGGGGGAGCGGACGCCCAGCGAAGGCUCCGAUGUGGAAAAGAGCGAUUCCAUCCCCGAGGGCGCUAAAAAGCCGGCCAAGAAAAGCAAGAACAAGAACAAGAACAAGAACCGGAAGAAUAAAAACAAAAAGGACGAGAGCUCCUCCGCCGCACCCUCCCCCGCCCCAUCACCCGCUCCACCGCCGAAGCCUAUCGGCAAUUCCUCGUCCCUGCCGCCGCCGGCGCCUAAUCUGAAAGCGUUCGACUCACCACUCGAUCAAGCCAAUGCGCUUCAUUCGUAUUUCCGGAGUGAACUGCAGGGCGGGGCGGAGAAAUACGUCACCAACACGCCCACCGAACCCAAGGCGCGGGACUUUGAACACAAGAAAUGGAGCGAGACGAUUCUGGCGCAGGUGAUUUUGAAAGCGGACGGCAUUGAUGUAACCGGGAAUGAAGAUGCUCGGGCUGCCCGCCGGGCUCUAGUCAAGGAGGCGCAGACGAUGCUCAACCAGCUGGAUCAAGCUGUGAAGGAAUAG